AAGUAUUGCUGCUUGCUUGUCUUGCUUCGAAGCCCAGCAACUGUCGCAUGAACCCCUGAAAGUCAGCCCAACAUGAACACAACCUUCAACUCGGCUCUCAAGCAGAGCACCUCCAUCCGCAAGGACCUCGCCGCCCUCUCCUCGCACGAGCUCGACCCGACCUCUCUCACGCCCGCCGCUUUGGGUUCCCUCUCGGCCUCCUUGACCGCCUUCAACCGGACCAUUGACGAAUACAACCACCUCGCCAAGCAGGAGCUCAACGCCGCCAAGCAAGAAAAGGCCUAUGAGAGGAUACGCAACUUCCGGUCCGAGCUGCACGACUUCCGCACGCAGCUGGACUCUCUGAAAUCCAAGCGCGAGGAACACAUGCACGCGCAGAACCGCGCUGAGCUGUUGGGACGCAGGCCGUUUGUGGCCAGUACGCCUGAGAAUCCGUAUGCGGGUGCUAGUGCGACGGCGACAAGCAGCGCUACGGGUGGUGGAGGGUAUGGAAUAUCGCAUGCCAGGACGAAUAGCUUGGCGGAGUCGGGGAGAAUGCAGAGCAGCAGCGGCAUACUGGGCUCCGGGGACGCGAGUCGCGAGCAGCAUGCGCUGAGAGAGCAGGAUUUCUUUAGGAGCACGCACUCGGCGCUCGACGAUUACAUUGCGCGGGGCCAGGCGGUGCUGGGGGAUCUGAAUCAGCAGAGGGAAAUCAUGAAGAACACGCAGCGGAAGCUGUACUCGGUUGGCAACACGCUGGGCAUCAGUGGCGAUACCAUCAGGAUGAUUGAGCGGAGGGCGAAGCAGGAUAAGUGGAUCUUUUGGGGAGGCGUGGUGGUUUUCUUCUUGUUCUGUUGGUUGGUGUUGCAUUAUUUGAGGUGAGCUUUGCUUGUUGCUGCGUUGGUGGUCGAAACAUGGGUCUUUUGGGAAAGGAAAAAAGAAAAGAGACAGACGGGACUAAUUGUUGAUGGGUUAUCUUAUUAGCGGUGGAGGACUCUUAGCGAAGGUCCGUUCAGAUUGCGGCAUGGGGCCCGGCGACGGCGGCAUCUGUCUCACAGUCAUCAAGCGCGGAGUUUUGGGUGUUGGGCUUGGUCUGGUUUACUUUUUAACUAAACAAACAUGGUCUAAUAUCAUGGGCAGCAAUGCGUGAACAAUUCAAACAGAGGUACCAUAUGCCCUUUCCCUUCAUCCACCAUGUGCGGGACGCAGAAAAAAUGACCGGAACGUAGUUGUUUGACAGCCAGAAUACCUCCUAUUCCCACCUCUGAUCUUUUAUCGCGGGUGGUCGAGUCGGGCCUCUCCUCUCUUUGAGGUUAUAACUUAUACCCAAUUACCCAACCAAUCCCCCGUCAUGCGUCUCCUCCCCACCACACCAAAGGACACCCCCUAAAGGUCCCUCAGCGCAAUAGUAAACAAGACAUCCUUCGUCGCCCUAACCUCCACCACCUCCGUCUCCGGCAAGACAUGAUUGCUCGUGCUAACCUGCCCGCCAAACUCAGUCGGCCAAUCCUCCACAUCCCACUCCAAUCCUUUGGUCCAGAUCCUGCUCGGCUCUUUGACCGGUAGGAUCCCCACCCACUUGGCGAACACGUCUUUCUCCGGUUGAUUCGCCU